AUGGCACGCAAAUACCUAGGAGGCUCGGGUGAGCGAUUAACUGUAUGGAUCUCAAUCGCUGCCAGUACAGUGCUAGUAUUUUACGGGUACGAUCAAGGGGUCUUUGGUAAUGUCAUCAUUUCAGAGAACUUCCUUCAAACCUUCGGCCAUCCGUCCGCGGACAUGCAGGGGACUAUGACGUCCAUCUAUAAUAUCGGGUGCUUCAUUGGUGCAAUGAGCACUGUAUGGACAGGCGACAUUCUCGGCCGGCCACGACAGAUCUUGCUUGGUUCGGCGAUUAUAGGAAUCGGAGCGAUUAUUCAAACAUGUAGCUGGACUGUCGCGAGCAUGAUGGUUGGUCGUAUCGUUGCCGGACUUGGCACCGGAAUGAAUACUUCGACCGCUGGUGUAUGGCAAGCUGAAACGAGUAAGAUGAACAGUCGAGGAAAGCUCGUCAUCAUUCAGAUGGCCAACUGCAUCACCGGAUUUAGUAUUUCAAAUUGGCUCACUCUCGGCUUCUCUUUUGCGCCCCGCGACAUUGCAUGGCGCUUCCCACUUGCUUUUCAACUCUUCUUCACCCUCUGUAUCUUUGUCAUGUGUCCUUUUCUACCAGACUCGCCGCGUCUCCUCAUCCGAAAAGGCAAGCAUCAAGAAGCACUAGAAGUUCUUGCGGCGCUUGAGGGCCAUGGAGCCACACCGGAGUCAGCUUCUGUUAUUACCCAGUACAACAUUAUCAAAGACAUUCUGGAUCGCGAGCACAUGAACACAUAUACCUGGGUGCAGCUGCUCACUGGAAAAGGCCCGAGUGGUGUGUUGCGACGCAUGCUUUUGGGGGCGUACAUGCAAGCAAUGAAUCAAAUUAGCGGAAUCAACGUAACUUCGUACUACAUGAGUUACAUUUUCAUCAACGCUCUAGGCAUCUCAGAACUACUAUCGCGUAUCCUGGCUGCAGCAGGUUCGGUGGAUUACCUAAUCUUCGCUUGUUUGGCAUACUUUGUCAUUGAGCGGUACGGGCGCCGGAAGGUCAUGAUGGUUUCCGCGGGCGCAUGCUCCAUCUGCUGGAUUGUCAUAGCGGCAUCUCAGGGACAGACGGAAGCUGGUGGCGACAAGUACAAGCUUGGAAUAGUCGCUGUUUCAUUCUUCUUCGUAUUCUUCGCUAGCUUCGGUAUGGGUGUUCUAGGUGUUCCGUGGCUGUACCCUACGGAGAUCAAUGCGCUCGAAAUGCGAACAAAAGGCGCAUCGCUCGCCAUGGCCACUAACUGGAUCUGCAACUACGGCGUCGUGCAAGCUACUCUUCCAGGCAUCCAGAACCUUGGGUACAAGUUCUGGAUCAUUUGGGCCAUCAUCUGCUUCUCUUUCAUUCCGACCACAUACUUUCUAUACCCAGAGACGGCUAAUCGGACCUUGGAAGACAUCGACCGCUUCUUUGAAACGAAGCCCGGUAUCUUUGUUCAUCGCAAUAAGCUUGCUGUCCAACUACAUCGCCCUAUCGAGUUUAUCGAGGCCGAUGAACGGAUUGCCACGCAUGAACAAACGAAAAUCUCCGAAGAGAACAAGGAAAUGAGUGCGGAGUACGUGGAGAAGAGGGAGACUGUUUGA